UUAAUCAAUGCGUCACGUCGAGUCACACUAAUACUCAGGUACUUCCCAUUGCUUCUAAUGAGUGGUUUUACAUAUAAACUGUAUUUUUUAUCGUCUCAAACAAUAUAAGAGGCCAAGUGGAUUUUUACGUAAUAAAAAAACGAUUUCUAUAUUUUUUGUUUUUCGGAAACCAUGCAUUCUGGAGUGCCUGAAUAUAAAGAAUGGUUUCUUUUAGAAGUUUCCGCAUGCUAAUUUAUGAUUUCCAAGUCAGAAAACACUUCACACUUAUUUCAACUUUACUUUUAAACUUUUCAUUUAAAUCACUACCAGAAAUUCCUUUCUCUUGUCGUUCGGGGAAAGUUGAAAACGUAAUCAUAAUUGAAAACUUAGUGUCGAACAUAUAAAUGGCUACCACCUUAGUUUCGUUAAUGGAGAAAACAACAUAAUUAGCAAUGCAACAAACGUGCCAAGUGAUUUUAUAAAAAAUCUGAAACAACAUCUACAUUCUUGGCAAGAAUUUUAAUUAGUGUUGUUUGAAAGCGCAAAGAAACUUUCAAUUAAAUGCCUUGCUAUUAUAAAUCAAUUAUUGUUUUUAAUUGAGUUUUAUUUUUUUCCUUAAAAGCAACAGCUUUUCUAUAGAUAUUUUUCUGUCAUAAUGCAACUGGUUGCUGUCUUAAUAGGAUUUCAGCUUACUGGACUGUAGCUCUUGUUCGGAAUAUCUGGUUUUUGAAAGCGUGGUCUUUAUUCAUUGAAUAGUACCAAUUGGGCAGGCGACUUUUGUUCAAAUCGUUGAGGAAUUUAUUGUAAUUAAAAUGUAUUCAGUACGCCAACGCGUUACAUAACAUUAUCCUAAAAAGACUAUAAAUUAUACUGUACUGCUUAGUAGGAAUUUUGUUGUAUACAAAAUGAAUUGUUAGUGCACUAAAUAGUUACAUUUAUUGAGGUGUGGGUGUGUCCCUAGAACCGGUCGCCGCCGGCCACUCCGGUAUUCCCGUCCGAGGACAAACUCUAUUUAAGACUUAGCUACAUUUAGCUGAUACAACUAUACUAUCUAAAAUGUUGUCUCUUAUUUGUUAAAUGUAUGAAACAUACUAUGAUUAAUACUGUUUUGAUUGUACUGUCGAUUUCAAUACAUUGUUUGUUUCAUUUCAUCGAUAGCAACAAACAAAUUGAUGCGGAGCGCUUCUGACGUCACGAUGUUUGGUUGUAAAUUGUUGUGCCGUCCGCGCGUCCUAACUACCUCAUACAAUUUUAUCAUGACGAUGUCUACUACCUACUCUGUAAUACUCUGUAUAAUUUAGUCAUUUUCCAUAUACGUGUUUUAAUGGGGAUUUCGGAUCAUAAUAAUUUAAUAUAUGGUAAUGUAAAUGAUUAAAUAUUUUUAUUGCGCUCUUUGGACUAUUAUAAUGUUUCUGACGAUUGUUUAGCACUACCAUUUUUUUAUGUUGAUUUACUUGUUCUCGUCGUUUAAAGUUAUUCGGUUUGUGAAAAUAUUUAUUUGUGAUUAAGGUAUAAAUCUGUGUUGUAACGAUUGUGAUAUAACAGGAAGGAAAGACAACAGUAAAUAGAAUAAUAAAAUAACGAUCCAAUACAAUUUUCAAAAAUAUUUAAUUAAAAUAGGUAACGGAAAACCACUAAUUUGUUGAGUGAUAAAUCUCAUGUACCCACGUAUACGAUGCCAUUGAUUUUUAAUUAUCUAUUAUGUAUUAACUAAUCAAAGGUAAAGUUCAGCUGCAUGUAUAAUUGUAUUAGGUAGGUACUUACCCACAUUCUAUUAAGUAUUUGUGUCAUUGUCAGAACAAUUGGUCACUAAACCUUGAACAGUUCAAACUGGGGGAAUUCUACGCUUAAUAAAUUAGUAGUGAUAGUUUGAAUGUAGUAGAAAUAAAUUAAUCGAAUUAAUAAUUAUGUUGAUAUGAUUUAGGAUGUAAUAAUCCUCCAAAUAAAAAACCUUUUAUGUCAAAUGUGCAACGGACUUAACUUAAAAAAAAAUCAGAUCUCACUAGUAAAACCUAGUUUCAAACUCCACAAUAAGCCUAAACUUCACAAAUUCUACAAGUCAGUCUAAAUUCGUUUAUCUCUAGGUGUCUGUAGAAACCCAAGUUUAAAAUUACCCUUAUUAUUUUAAAUUGGGACGAUUGCAGAUUGUACCAAAACUUUAAUCAGUAUUAGUUAUAAUUUAAUCAUGCUCUUUUUGAUAAAAAUGUGUUGUGUUACAUAUUUAUAUGCAUAAUUAACAUUCGUUAUCUAUGUAUAAUAAUGUAUAUCGCUUAAAAUCUAUUAAUCUUAGACAUAAUAAUAACUUUAUCUUUAGAAGUAUUCGAAUUUCAGCCGGACGGCUUAAUUUAGGCUAAGAAGCAUCGCUUAGUAUCUAUUCAAUACAUUUUUAAGGUUUGGCAAAAUUUCCAAUAGGUAUUAUCUGGCCCUCUUUUAUCGGUAGUAUAUUUAUUAAACGCUGAUGUGGUGUAAUUAGUAUGGAACUCUCAGUGUAAACAGUGCUAUUGUGUUCGAACAAUACAAUGUCGCAACGUGUCUGCGUUACCACACUCUUGUAGACUUCAUUCAGAAGACAUUUGAUAUAGGUGCUUCGAAUACCUAACACCAGCCCAAAGUUAUUCUUAUGACCGGUAACUUAUAGGCAGCAAUAUUGGAUCAAGGCGACGCGCGACCUGUGAAACUAAACAACGUGGAACAGACACAAAGACAACAAACAACAGUAGAAUUUAUAGCCGAAGAUGAAGAGGGUGAAGGUCUGGAGUGUCCACUAUGCCUGUCUGUGUUCAGCACCAGCGCCAUGGUGCGGCUGGCGUGGUGCGCGCACCGCUGCUGCGAGCCGUGCCUGCGCCAGUACCUCGCCAUCGAGAUAUUCGAGGCGAGGGUGCCUGUCAAUUGUCCUGUUUGCCACGAGAGCAUGCAUCCCUCAGACGUACGUCGCAUCGUCGACAACCCGGUGCUGUACGACAAGUACGAGGAGUUCUCAGUGCGGCGCGCGCUCGCCGCCGACCCCGACACCAGGUGGUGCCCCGCGCCCGACUGCAGUUUCGCUGUGGUGGCGACUGGCUGCGCGUCGUGCCCGAAGCUGACGUGCCUGGCGCCGGGCUGCGGCGCGUCCUUCUGCUACCACUGCAAGGCGGCCUGGCACCCCACGCAGACCUGCGACGCCGCGCGCCGCUCGCGCCAGCCGCCGCCACGCGCGCCGCAGCCCGACCAUGCAGACCUCGACCACGGUGAAGUAAAGCCAUGCCCCCGGUGUUCUGUGCUGAUAGUAAAAGUGGAGGACGGCUCCUGUAACCACAUGGUGUGCUGCGUCUGCGGCGCUGAGUUUUGCUGGCUUUGUAUGAAGGAGGUCUCAGACUUACAUUAUUUGAGCCCGAGCGGGUGCACAUUCUGGGGCAAGAAGCCGUGGUCGCGCAAGAAAAAGCUGCUGUGGCAGCUGGGCACGCUGGCGGGCGCGCCGCUGGGCAUCGCGGUGGUGGCGGGCGUGGCGCUGCCGGCGCUGCUGGUGGGGCUGCCGCUGUGGGCCGGGCGCCGCGCGCACCGCCGCCUGCGCCGCGCCGCGCCCGCGCGCCGCCGCGCCGCCGUGGCCGCCGCCGUGGCCGCCGCGCUGCUGCUGUCGCCGCUCGUGGCCGGCCUGGCCGUCGGCAUCGGCGUGCCCAUCCUGCUCUUCUACGUGUACGGCGUCGUGCCCGUGUCGCUGUGCCGCGCGGGCGGCUGCGCCGGCGCACAGCCGCAGCCCGAGCCUCACUUUGAUGACGACCGAGACCCUGCGCCUGACCUCGACGCCGCCUCGCGUCGCCUUGAGCCCAGUAUUGGCGACGCGUCGCUGUCGGCGGGGUCGCAGGCGGCGGAGGCGCGCGCGGCGUCGCUGGCGGCGCUGGCGGGGUCGCUGGGCGGCGGCUCGGCGCCGUCGCCGGGCGCGCUGCGGCUGGAGGUGACGGCGGACGUGGCGGCCAGCGACAGCACGAGCGCGGCGAGCUGGGCGGACGAGGCGCCGUCCACGUCGUGGCGCGCGGCGCGGCUGCGCUCGCUGUUCCUGUACGGCUCGGCGGCGCCGCCCGACCCCGAGGCGCCGCCCGAGCCCGCGCCGCCGCCCGUGCCGCCGCGCCCGGCCAACCUCGUCUAGUGACACCCUCCGUCCCAGCUCUACUGAUAUAACGAUUUGUGCCAAUCGCGUGUGAUUAUCUAGUACUUUGAAGCGACUCUGUGAUUUAAUUAUUUGAUAUAAUGUAGCGAGUUUUGAAGUAAAAUAAUAACCGGAGUCCAUUGUGCGAUCCUGGGAGGAUGGCAGUCCUAUAUAUACGAUAGAUGCUUCGCGCUUUCAGAGCAGUGUUACUCUAUCCAAUAUUUGUGAUACUUUGAAUAAUAAUUACUAUUAAUGAUCUAAAUUAUUUAAUUUUUCACGUUUGUAGGCAAAAAGUAAUCUUAAGCGAUAAUUAUAUUAUGUAAUGUGAAUCUAUAAAGUGUAAACUAUGAUUAAAAUGUGAUUUAAAUUUA